AUGAACACCACAGCCGGGGGCUCCGGCCCUCAAACCGCAGCAUCCCCACCCUUCCCUAUCUCUGCCUUUGCAGCGGCAGGCCUUGGCGCCGCUUUCCACGUCGCAUCCCAAAGCUUCGAGCUUGACAAAUAUGGAUGGCGCCUUGUCGGAGGCUUCUACCUCUCUUUCUCUUUGGCCAUCGUCGCUGCUGCUUAUCACCUGGAUAAUGGAUUUUUGUCAGCCCUUAUUCACGUUACCCCCCUAGCUGCCGCCGCCGUUACUGGUCUUUUCACUAGCAUCGCCAUUAGGAGGCUCUUUCUCUCUCCUAUCAGGAAUUUUCCCGGGCCAUGGCAGGCACGUCUCACCAAAUUCUACCAUUGGUAUCUCGAGUCAAAGAACAUGCAACUGUUUGUCGAAAUCCAGAAGCUUCACGAGAAAUACGGCGACUUUGUCCGCACUGGGCCCCGUGAAAUUUCCAUUCUGCGGCCUUCGGCGAUCCCGUUGAUCUAUGGCGGCAAGUCACCGUGCAAAAAGGCUUCUUGGUAUAGGCAGUCUAGGUACGAAGAUGACACCGACAACUUAUUAGCCAUUAUCGAUAUCAAAAAGCACAACCAGCGGCGCAGGAUAUUUGACCGGGGCUUCAGCACCAAGGCCCUCGCCAGUUACGAGCCACGCGUUCAGAGCAAGGUUUCAACUUUGCUCGAAAGGCUCAGCGGCUUUGACGGAAAGCCCGUCAACGUGACCGAAUGGAUAAGUUACUUCUCGUUCGACAUCAUGGGCGACGUCAUCUACUCAAAGGAGUACAACAUGUUGCGUGCAGGCGACGGCAAGAUCGUGGCCGGCGGAAUGGAGACGACCCUGGCCAAGUUGCACGAGGGAAUGAAGAUGCUCGGCCUGGUCGGCACGACGCCCUGGAUGCUGUGCAUGCUCGACCAGGCGGGCCUGGCCGGUGACUUCGGCGUCAUGCAGGAAUGGUGUCGUGCGGCAAUGAGGGACAAACAAGCUGCCUGGCAGCCCGGCACCGAACCCACCGACACAUCCUCCUACCUCCUCAAAGACUUCCUCGACGACCGCGCCACGACGCACCAAACCCAGCUCUCCAUCCUGCAAGACAGCAUCCUCCUCAUCAUCGCCGGCUCCGACACCGCCACCUCCGCCGCCACCAACGCCCUCUACUACCUGACCGCCCACCCAUCCGUCUACGCCCGGCUGCAGUCCGCCCUCGACGCCGCGUUCCCCGGCGGCCCGGCGAGCGUCGCGCACGACAAGGUAUUCCGCGAGAUCCCGCUGCUCGACCACGUCGUCAACGAGACGAUGCGCCUGAAGCCGCCGGCGUGCGAGGGCCUCGUGCGCGAGACGCCGCCGCAGGGCCUGACCGUCGACGGCGUCUUCAUUCCUGGUGGGACGAUCGUGAGCGUGCCGACGUGGGCGGUGCAGCGGGAUGCGAGGUGGUGGGAGGAGCCGGCGGAGUGGCGGCCCGAGAGGUGGGAGGGCGUCAACCCGAAUGAGGAGGGGCUGGCGUUUUUGCCGUUCAGUAAGGGUAUCUUCUCUUGCCCUGGAAAGACGCUGGCGUACAUGGAGCUCCGUCUCUUGCUCAGCCGGAUCGCCCUCACCUUCGAUAUCGAAUUCGCCCCGGGCGAGGAUGGUGUCAAGUUUGAUACGCACCCGAUGGAUACGUUCACGUUGUUGAACCAGCCGCUGCAGCUGGUGUUCAAAGAGCGGAAGGCUCGUGCGUGA